UCAGAACCAGAUUUUUAUUCUCAGGUAUAAACUCCCCUAGUUAUCACAAAUUCCAUACCCGUAAGGGGAAGGUCUUUUCUCACACUUAUGUGUCUCUCUCUCUGAAUAAAUGCUUAAUCUUUAAGUUGAUCUAGUUACUUGCAUAUUCGACUGUAUUGAUCAAGUUCUAUGGACUGGGAAUGGCUAUGGGAAUUCUUGGAGGGUAUGAUAAAGCCGGUGGCGGCACUGGCGGUGGUGCUGGUAGCGGUGAUAUUGUCGUAUUUUCAGAAGCUUGGUUUGGAAGGUGAAAUGGCUUAUUCUGUAUUCAGGGCUUUUCUUCAACUAUCCGUUAUUGGGUUUGUUCUGCAGUUUAUUUUCACUCAGAAAAAUGCUGGAUGGAUCGUUCUGGCUUAUCUUUUCAUGGUUUCCGUUGCUGGUUAUACAGCAGGUCAACGUGCUAAACAUGUACCUCGAGGGAAGUACAUUGCAGGGGUGGCCAUUCUUGGCGGAUCAGCAGUUACCAUGUUCAUGCUAGUCAUUCUAAAGGUCUUCCCUUUCACCCCCCGGUACAUAAUCCCUAUUGCCGGGAUGAUGGUCGGGAAUGCAAUGACAGUGACCGGGGUUACAAUGAAGAAACUCCGGGAUGACAUCAAGAUACAAAUGAAUCUGGUAGAGACAGCACUUGCUCUUGGGGCUACUCCUCGUCAGGCAACUCUGCAGCAGGUGAAGAGGGCACUGAUCAUUGCGCUUUCUCCGGUCUUGGAUAAUGCCAAAACUGUAGGCCUAAUAAAUCUUCCUGGUGCCAUGACUGGGCUUAUAAUGGGAGGAGCUUCUCCUUUGGAAGCCAUUCAACUUCAGAUUGUGGUAAUGAACAUGCUAAUAGGGGCUUCAACUGUUAGCAGCAUUUUGUCGACAUACCUCUGUUGGCCAACCUUUUUCACCAAAACUUAUCAGCUUGAAACAAAUGUAUUCUCUCUGGAUUGAGGUUUGCGACGUCAUAUCUAAAUUGUGCUGAUAACGAACCAAACCGAAAGAGAGAACGUCAUUUCGAAGUUGUAUUAUAUAUUUCUUUGCGUUUUUACUAA